GGUGGAGGGCACCGAGCGGGCGGCGCGGAGCCGAGCAGCGGCCACCGGGGGGCGGGGGCGCCUCGGAGGAGGGGUGGGAGCGCGGCCGCCCGACCCUCCCGCAGGCGGCGGCUCCCGCUCGGGGAGCUCGGCUCUCCCCGUGCCACACUGGGAUCCGCCUGGCAGCCGCCUGGAGCCGCAGCCAAUGUGUUAGGGGACUUCAGGUGCUUCUUGGCACAAAGCUAGACUGCGACCUCCUACCAUAGCGCUUGGCGUCACCUGCUCUCCCGGCCCUGCCCCGGGGCCGAGGAUCUGGCUUGGGAAUCGGCCGCCUCUCAAAUGAACCUCUAGUCUUGCUUUGAAAAAAAAAAGCCAUUUUGUGUAACUCUUGACUGAAUAAUUUCCUAACACACCUGUUGCAAGGAUUACUGACACAGUAUGCCAUUUGAGAGGUACUUUUUCUUGAUCAAAUACUGGUGAUUAGAGAAGAGAGGUGUUUUUGUCUCUUGUUUUUUCCCCCGAUCAUUAUGAACAUUGGCUUUUCACCCUGAAGUAAAAAUGUUGAAAACCGAGUCUUCAGGCGAACGAAGCACUCUCAGAAGUGCCUCUCCUCACAGGAAUGCGUAUAGAACUGAGUUCCAGGCACUGAAAAGCACCUUUGACAAACCCAAGUCAGAUGGGGAACAAAAAACAAAAGAAGGUGAGGGCUCCCAGCAGAGCAGGGGGAGGAAAUAUGGCUCCAAUGUCAACAGAAUUAAAAAUCUAUUUAUGCAGAUGGGUAUGGAACCCAGUGAGAAUGCUGCAGUCAUUGCCAAAACAAGGGGCAAAGGUGGACCUUCAUCUCCUCAGAGAAGAAUGAAGCCCAAAGAAUUUCUGGAGAAAACGGAUGGCUCAGUUGUUAAGUUGGAGUCCUCUGUUUCCGAACGAAUUAGUAGAUUUGACACAAUGCACGAUGGCCCUUCAUAUUCUAAAUUCACAGAAACUCGGAAGUUGUUUGAGAGAAGUGUGCAUGAAUCUGGACAGAACCACCGUUAUUCCCCAAAGAAAGAGAAAGCCGGAGGCAGUGACCCUCAGGACGAAUGGGGUGGUUCGAAGUCCAACAGAGGCAGUACUGAUUCCUUGGACAGCCUUAGCUCCCGGACAGAGGCUGUCUCCCCCACCGUGAGUCAACUGAGUGCAGUAUUUGAGAACACCGAUUCCCCCAGUUCCACCAUUUCUGAGAAGGCUGAAAACAGUGAAUACUCAGUGACUGGGCAUUAUCCCCUAAAUUUACCAGCUGUGACUGUUACGAAUCUUGACACCUUCGGUCACCUGAAGGAUUCUAAUUCUUGGUCUCCUCCAAGCAAACACGGUGAUGACUCAGAGGAUGCCCGGAAGAGUAACACGUCCUUAGUAACAGAAGUGGCUUUGAAAAGUACCUCUCUAGCUUUGAUGCCUAGUGAAGAGACACAGCAGAGCAGGGAAGCUGAGGACUCCACAUUGAACCAAGAGACUCCUGACAGAGUUGACAGAGACAUUCGUGAGGAACCUUGUGCUGAGGAUCAGGCAAUGCCAAAGUCUGACAUCCUUUCACCACAAAAUGAAGAUGCCAAAGCUAAUUUGGUUGGGAAUGAGGCAGCAAUGCCACAUAAGAGAGAACUUGCAGGUGGUGAUUUUAUCUCUGCUGAUGCUUCUGGACCCAGGUGUGGGAAGGAAGUGUCCGAAGAUACAAGUAACGUUGAGGGUUCCCAUGUUUACAUGCACAGUGACUAUAAUGUAUAUAGGGUAAGGUCCAGGUGUAACUCGGACUGGGGAGAGACAGGCACCGAGCAGGAUGAGCAGGAUGAUAGUGAUGAGAACAAUUACUAUCAGCCUGACAUGGAAUACUCAGAAAUCGUUGGAUUGCCAGAAGAAGACGAUAUCCCAGCAAACAGGAGAAUUAAGUUUAGUAGUGCUCCAAUUAAGGUUUUCAGCACAUAUUCCAAUGAAGACUACGACAGGAGGAAUGAUGAGGUUGACCCAGUGGCUGCUUCAGCCGAGUAUGAACUUGAGAAGCGUGUAGAAAAGCUGGAUCUUUUCCCAGUGGAACUGGAAAAAGAUGAGGACGGACUUGGCAUAAGUAUUAUUGGAAUGGGUGUUGGAGCAGAUGCUGGACUUGAAAAGCUGGGAAUAUUUGUCAAGACAGUAACAGAAGGUGGUGCUGCUCAGCGGGAUGGCAGAAUACAAGUCAAUGACCAGAUUGUAGAAGUGGACGGAAUCAGCUUGGUGGGCGUCACACAGAACUUUGCGGCAACAGUUCUCAGAAACACCAAGGGCAAUGUCAGAUUUGUUAUUGGGCGAGAAAAACCAGGACAAGUGAGUGAGGUGGCGCAGUUGAUAAGCCAGACGCUGGAACAGGAGAGGCGCCAGAGAGAACUGCUCGAGCAGCACUAUGCCCAGUACGAUGCGGAUGACGACGAGAACACUGUGGCUGAGUUGCAAGGAGUGCCUGGCAACUGCAAUAACAAUAACAACCAUUUCCUUAAGACAGGAGAAUAUGCCACCGACGAAGAGGAGGACGAGGUAGGACCUGUCCUUCCUGGCGGUGACAUGGCCAUCGAAGUCUUUGAGCUGCCUGAGAACGAGGACAUGUUCUCCCCGUCAGACCUGGACACGGCCAAGCUCAGCCACAAGUUCAAAGAGUUGCAAAUCAAACAUGCAGUUACAGAAGCAGAGAUUCAAAAAUUGAAGAACAAGCUUCAAGCAGCAGAAAACGAGAAAGUGAGGUGGGAACUAGAGAAAACUCAACUCCAGCAGAAUAUCGAGGAGAAUAAAGAGAGGAUGUUGAAGCUGGAGAGCUACUGGAUCGAGGCUCAGACGCUGUGCCACACGGUUAACGAGCACCUCAAAGAGACGCAGAGCCAGUACCAGGCCUUGGAAAAGAAGUACAACAAGGCCAAGAAGCUGAUCAAGGACUUCCAACAGAAAGAACUUGAUUUCAUCAAGAGACAGGAAGCAGAAAGAAAGAAAAUAGAAGAUUUGGAAAAAGCUCACGUUGUGGAAGUGCAAGGCCUACAAGUACGGAUUAGGGAUUUGGAAGCUGAGGUGUUCAGGCUGCUGAAGCAAAAUGGGACUCAAGUAAAUAAUAACAACAACAUCUUCGAGAGAAGAACGUCUCUUGGUGAAGUCUCUAAAGCAGAUACCCUGGAGAACUUGGACGUCAAGCAGAUGUCUUGUCAAGAUGGCCUGAGUCAAGAUUUGAAUGAAGCAGUCCCAGAGACAGAGCGCCUGGAUUCGAAAGCCCUGAAAACGCGAGCCCAGCUCUCCGUGAAGAACAGGCGCCAGAGGCCCUCUCGCACACGACUCUAUGAUAGUGUCAGUUCGACAGACGGGGAGGACAGUCUCGAGCGAAAGGGUUUGAGAACUUCCUCCCCAGAGUCAGAUUCUGGUGCUCCAUCCCUCACCUCUGUGGCUGGCUGCGUGCCCUUCUUGGAGUCUGACCACAUAGCCGAAUUCCAAGGACCACUGCACUCAGAAAGGGAGCCUUCCUUCUCUGCUUGGGGAGGUACUUCACUCUCCUCUCCUGCGAAACCUGAUCAUGAUGUGGAAGACUCUCCCUGCCACCAUCAAGCCCCCACCAGGAAAAUAUCAGAAGAAAAAGACGGUGCCAAAGGCCCCAAAUCACUAAGGGCAUCCAGUUCGUUGGUGGUGCAAGGAGGAAAGAUUAAGCGGAAGUUUGUGGAUCUGGGGGCGCCACUGCGAAGGAACUCCAGCAAGGGAAAGAAAUGGAAAGAAAAAGAGGCCAGCAGGUUUUCUCCGGGUAGCAGGUACGGGAUCUUCAGAGGCAGGCUGGAGCACUGGAAACCGAAGCCAUCCUCCGCAGCGCCCGCCUCCCCGCGCUCACCUUGCAUGCCUUUCUCGUGGUUUCAUGAAAGCCGCAAAGGAUCCUAUUCCUUCAGGAACCUGCCUUCACCUACAAGUCCCCUCCAGCCUUCUCCUGAAACUCUAAAUUCAGAUAAAAAGGGGUCCAAGAAUUUUACCUUCAAUGAUGACUUCAGCCCCAGCAGUACCAGUUCGGCAGACCUGAGCGGCAUGGGAGCAGAACCCAAAACCCCAGGGCUCUCUCAGUCCUUGGCACUGUCGUCAGACGAGAGCCUGGAUAUGAUAGAUGACGAGAUCCUUGAUGAUGGACAGUCUCCCAAACACAGUCAGUGUCAGAGUCGGGCCGUGCAGGAGUGGAGUGUGCAGCAGGUUUCUCAUUGGCUAAUGAGCCUAAAUCUGGAGCAGUAUGUAUCUGAAUUCAGUGCCCAAAACAUCACUGGAGAGCAACUUCUGCAGUUGGAUGGAAAUAAACUGAAGGCUCUUGGAAUGACAUCAUCCCAGGACCGAGCAGUGGUCAAAAAAAAACUCAAGGAAAUGAAAGUGUCUCUGGAGAAGGCUCGGAAAGCUCAAGAGAAAAUGGAAAAACAAAGAGAAAAGCUGAGAAGGAAGGAACAAGAGCAAAUGCAGAGGAAAUACAGAAAGACAGAGAAGAUGACAGCUGCAGCAGAGGGCGCUGGCGAGCAGUGACCCACACCCUCUGAGGAGGUGGGGGUGCUCCCAGAGAGUCUGCCUUCCUCCCGCCCUGCUCUCCUCCGGAGGAAUGAAGAAGAAACUGAUGACAGGGGUACUGUGCUAUGUAGGCAGGUCGGGGAACCUUGUGUUGAAUAACUGCAUUUUCUGUGAUAAUGGAAUACCCUUAAUUUUAACCUACUGAAAUAACCCCAAGCAACCUUUAGUUUAUUAACAAACCAAGAAGUUCGUUUAUGAGAGAUGCAAAUUAGGUAUGUUUCCCUCUUCUCUUACUUAUAAUAUCUUGUGCUGUGUUGGGUGGGCGGGUGCGUCUCUUGCGGGAAAAGCCAGCAUGACAAUGCCCAGCAAGACCAUGGGUUGUUGCUGAGUGCCAUGAUUGUCAGGGUGGGGUCCUGACCCUGCACAUUGGUAUCUACCUGUGUGGCUGAGAGCACUGCUCUGCUGUGAGAUCGGGGCUGCAGGAUCCCCUUCAAUGUGUGGAAAAGGUUCCCCCUCAGUUCUGUGUCGGGACAGUGAAACAACCCCACUGUGGAAGCCUGGGUGUUCUGCCGCAUGAUUUAUUACCUACUAUGGCAAAGGGCAAGCAAACUGCCCUCCUUGCUGGGCAUCUGAAAGGGAGAAAAGAAUUCCAGUUAUUUGUGAACCCCAGAAGGAAGCAGAAGCCUUAAGAAUGUGGAUGUGGGUAUUACCUUGGGAUUCUGAGGGUAACAUUUACCCUCCAGACUCAGUUGAACAAAAGAAAAAUCAGAUGUUAAGGCAGCCGUGGGACACUGGGAUCUGUUGUUUACUUUGCAACUGCUGCGCUUCAGGAUCUUAGCGGCCCCCGCACACUCAACACGAUUCCUUCUCCCCAACAAAUUGAACAGGAAAUUGAUUUUUAAGGAAACCAACAUUUUCAGGUUUCCUCUCCUGGGAAACGUUCUGGCUAGUCUUCAGCCGAACUGUGGCACAGUCAGGAAUUCGUCACACAUUUUCUCCUCAAAAGAUUUCCCAAGUGGACUCAGUUAGUGUUUUAACAAAUGUACUUUUUAGAAAAAUAGAAGUACCAGUUUGAGAAAAUUUAGAUUUGAGUAACAUUCAACCAGAGAGGCAAUUUCAUGGAGCGCACAGAAUGUUCCUAUAAAGGAGAGCUGUCAGUUGCGUUUAGCGAUGCUUUCAAUGGUUUUUCCGAGCCAUUCUCUUCCAUCCUUCAGAGAUUUUCACUUUAUAGUUCAAGUGUGUUUAAGGCAGUACACAGCAUACGGGCUAGCAGUGGAGGCAGUUCGGCCUGUUUUAAAGCCAGCCCCCGGUUCAAGUGCCGGAUCCAGAGCAGAAGGAGGAAAAGAGAACUCAUCUUGAGAAAUUUCAAAUUAUGGAUCUUAUUUUUGUUUUUGUUGUUGUUUUGCCUUUUAUGUUUAUGUAUCUGGUUCUCUUUGCUGCAUUGGCUCUGAAAAUGAGGUCAUCCACUUUCCAAGGGGCGAGUUCCAAAAUGAGAGUCGAGGGCAGACAAAUUCUUGGACAAGUAUUUUACUUCCUUUCCUACGUGGAGAGUCUCCUUUCAUACCUUCCACUGGAAAUGUUGUACACGCAGAGCUUGGGGAGGGGCCUUUGGGGGUUGCAGGCAACAGAUAAUGAGGGGCUCCCACCUGUGAAGCUCCAUCUCGUGUUUGAACAUUUGUUUAUUGAAAUCUGUUAUUGUCUAAACUAGAAAAUUGUACUUCUGUUCUUUCCCAGAUGUCUUAUCUGUUAAACUUUAGUGCUUUUGUGUCUAGGUGCAAGUCACUCAUUCCUUCCUCAGUCACACUGGCCCGAAGUCACACUGUGUUCUACAGUGAGCAGAGUCACCACGUGUGUUUUUUCUGUCCGUCUUCAUUUUGGGGUGUGAUGAUGAAACUGUCGUACUGGAUAUUCUGUUAAUAUUUCGAGAUGUGUGGUGCUUUGCUAUUUAUUAAUACCACCAGAAACAAGGAACCACUAUUAAUGAACUACAAAAUCCAGGAAACCUUUUCUAAUACUAAAAGACUAAAUUAGUCACAAUCUGGUACUGCUAGAGCUUGCUAUUAUAAAUUUUUGCCAUUUUUUCUUGUCUUUGAAAAAAGUGACCUGGAUCACACUGGAAGUUUCACUGUAUUCAUUUUAAAAAUGGAAAUAGAAGGAUGAUUAUCUUAAGUUAUGUUUACACUUUGGUAAUAUUUGAAAAUGGAUGUAUAUACUGGAAAUGUCUGUAAGUCUCAGUCUCUGCACAUAAUUUAUGAUCUAUUAUAUUGCAUUUUGUUAAACGUCUUAGAAUAUUGUUAUUUGUCUUCAAUUUGUUUGUAUACUUCCAAUAUUUAAAUUAAUGACCAACUGACAAUAAUUAAUCAAAUUCUUUUUCUUCAAAUCAUUUAAUUUGUGUUGUAACUAUUUUGAUUUUUAAGUUAAAUUAUAGUAGUUUUCACCUUAAUUGUUAUUUUUAACAUUACUAUUUAAAACUGCUGAAAUUAUAAGAGUCACUUAAUCUGCUUGUCCAACAAAGGAUAAAAUGUAAACUGAUCGAUAAAAGGGUAUGAAAACAGAGGGAAGGACCUCAGAACUUGUGAGCAUUUUGUUUUCCUACUAUUUUUUAAUCCACACCAGUGCAUGACGCCUCAUUGCGGUUCCAGUGUCUUACCCAAUCCCUGCUUCAAAGCUAGUGCGUUUUCGGUGUCCUCACAACCUAACACAGAACAGUUGCUUUGUGAACCUUAAAGACUUCGCAGUUUUUUCUUUAUCAAAGUGAACAGAAAGGGAAUAUCUGGUUACUGUGAACUACCUAUUCCCUAAAUGACAGUUCUGUAUGACUGACAAUAGCCAGAAGUGUUUUGGGAUACAUGCAAUGCUUUGGGGGGGGGGCGGGCAGGGAAUGUGUGGUGAGGCCAAGCUGUGGACCAAGAGCAUUGUGUCAGCUCGGCGUCCAGGUUGGAUUCUUCCAUUGAAGGGCUUUAGCUUUAUAACAGAAUUAGUUUAUUUAAGACUAUCUCCCAUAAAGUAAUCCACAGUUUAUGUCAUAGUUUUCUCAUUCUUUUUUAUUUUCUUUGCCUGAAUCAGAAGCUAACUUCAGAGGAAUAGGUUAUGGCAGAAACCUAAUUUUGCCCAUUCUGCCAGAUCGAGGAAGUCCACCUCCAGUUUCAUGAUAAUAAAGCUAUUGUAUGCUAACUUUCUUUGGCUAGGGUUGAUGAAUUUCCUUCCCUCAACAUCACAUACGCAUUUUUCCCCCAAGUGCUAAUGCCAGACUCAGCUUUUAGGAGGCAUGAAAUGGGAACCCCUACCUGGUGCUCCUUUGUUAUUGUUGGGAACAAAGUGGCAGGAGGAUGCGUGAGAAACCAAAUUAACCUUUGCCGCUGCCUAUGCUGCAGUCGUCUCCAGCCUGAAACCUUGAGAUAUCCCAGGCCCUGCCUACAAACAUAGUCACAGGUUGUUUGACCUUAAUUAGCCUGUAUGGUUUUUGCUGAAGACAAAGAAUUCUCAUCUAGAUUGUUUGUGUGAUUGGAUUAGCAGGUGCUUUAAAAUUAUAUUUUAGAAGGUAAAUGAAAAUUUGCAUUUAUAUGGAUAUUCUAACUCACUCAGAAAUGUUAAAGGUUACAACAGACCAAGCCUCAAAAGAGAAAAACGCAGUGUUUAACAAUAGUAUUCGAGAAGACUCUUAAGGGAGGUGUCCUAACAAUUCUAAAGAAUUAUCUAUCCUUUGAAGGUGUUGUAGCCUCCUUGCUUCGCUGAGACAUCUAAGAAUUACCAAAUUUCAUUUGAGUAACCACAUCUCCUGCCCCAAGAGAGCUACAAGGGGCGUUUCACUGUGGUAGACAGCAGUCACUAAGGUUUCCUGUCCCCCAGCUAAUGCUAAGUCCUGAGUGCUUUCCGAGUUUUUCAAAUUUACCUUUAAUCAAGGGCCUACCUGUACACUGUUCUGAAGCUAAGCCAUUAAGGAGGAGGUCCAGAAAUCAAAUGUCCAUAUUUUCAACUAGAAUUGUUUUCAUUAUGAUGAUGGGGUGGGCAGUAAAUUUCUAAAGAAAGUGUUGUAAGAAAUAUGAAUGUGGUUGCUGCAAUUCACUCCUGAAAAACAGCCACAUUCUGCAGGCAGAUUUUAGUUAUAUUUGUCUUAGUUAUUUAAAGACUCAGGGAAUUUAGUCUUGGUCCAAAACCCUGGGGGAAAAAAUAACGCCAGACAGCACACCGGUAGUGUUUGCAUGACUUCAAGCAGCAGUAUAGAACAGACACAAUCGUAGUCACAGGGUAGGGACGAAGCCCACAGAUCAGCUUCCCCCUGGAAAAUGAAAGCAGCAGGUUCCCCCUGAUGGUGGACAGAGGCUCCUUACGUGCCUGUGCGUGGUGUCUGUGGGUGCAUUGAGGGCAUGGUCGUUACUUGAAGGCUCACAUACCAAGCACAGCACGUGCCCUGCUUCCAAGUGUACAGAGUGGGCAAGGAAAGAAACAGGAUGAUAACCGCAGGCCCAGCCCCCAAACUAGGAGAUUCAAGAAUGAAUAAGAGGCAAGGAAGAAAAGAACAAGAGCUAAUGUCUCAGUAAUGUGCAUGCCACUUGUGUAGAUAUACAGACUACAUAUGUGUGAAUAUAUCUCCCACCUUAUACACACAUACCGCAAUGACAUGGCAUUUUAAAAAAAUAGAUAUUGUCUUUGGAGCUUGGUAUUGUCAGUUAGGACACCCAGCAGUAAUCAUAGCCUUAUUGCCACUUUUUGUGUUGUAUAUACAUUGAAUGGCUCAUAAGAUUUUAAGAGAUUUUUUUAAUGUAUUUCUUCUACUAAAUGCACUUAUCCUUCUACAUGUCUAUAUAUUUUGGUAAAGUUGAUUUAUUAGAAACUUGGUAUUUUAGUAAGAUAAAAUUCCCUGAAGUGUUUGGUUAAUGCUUUGAUGUCAAGAUUGCACAUUGCUGAGUUGAAACUCAGAAGUUUAUGCAGCUUUGGGCAUUUUCAACUGCAGACUGCAGUUUCCUUGGCUAAAAAUUGCACUGUGUGUUCUUGUGCAUUCGCUCCUGCUCUACUAGGACAUUUUCGGUAGCCGUGAUGCCUAAGUCACUAACUACUGGCUCUGACGGCAGCGUUGCCGUCACGUGACAUUUAGCUCCCUUUUGCCGAGUGAUGACCUGGUUAGGUCAUUGCCAAACGGAUGUCAGUGUGAGUGUGUUGUUGGAAGGUGUACACUCCUCGUUCUCUCAGCUAUUUUAUGAACACACCUGGGUUUUCUGGUAAGGAUUUAAGCUUUCGUGUAUGAAAGAACAAUUGGCCAAAGAUAAUUAAAUUACCUUAAAAAGUGGGACUUCAGAGGCAUUCUGGCUAGAUAACACCUCCCAACAACAUAAGAUUUAGUUAGUGCAUAGUGAAAUCCCUUCAAUAUUUAUGUAUAUGUUUUCCUGAAUAUUAUUUAUGGUCACCACUACUGCUUUUGUAUUUUUUUAAUGGAGUUACAAUUAAACCACAAGUACACGUGUUGCAUAUGAUUGACAAACUAACCAGCUGAAAAAUGAGGAGAGAGAAUGAAUUCUGUUCCAUUGUAACAAGUUGAUUUAUUUUAUUCUUUCUUUCUAUAAAGGCAAAAAGUUGUUUGAAAGUAAUUUUAAGUCCACUAAACAUGGACAGCAUGUUCUCUGACACUUAUGAUUUGUGCUCUUCGGUGUCUGAUCAUUUGCAUGGAAGAGACAAUAGUGCCACGUCUGAAUUGUUCUCCUGUGCUUGGUUGAUAUGUAUUUCUCUAGAUUGUUCCGUUUCAAAUGGCAUUUCUUACUCUUUGGUUUUCAAGAGCAUUCAAAGCAAACUAUCCUCUGUUUUCUGAUCAAUCUAAAACCCCGUGUGAUUAAAUCCCAUUUGUCAGUGUAAAUAAAGUUCUCACCAAUGAGUAUUGUUGUUGUUAGACGACGAAUGCAAUAAAAAGAGAA